AUGGGGUCCAUCGCGCCCCAAGAUCCGUUCGCAGACACAGCAUCUUUGAUAGAAAUAUUCGAUAUACCCAAUAGCCGCCGUGUCCACGACAAGGUGUUCCCUUUUGGAAUUAAAGUUAAAGAUGGGGAGAGCUUCACAGAUGUGGAUGCCGCCAUUAAGCAUCUCGAGCCUCUUGUAGAGGAGGGCAUAUUCAACUCCCUCCUGACUCAGCCAGAUGGGGCGAUACUUUUCCGUGGUCUCCCUAUUCACAAUGCAGAAGAUCUAUCGAAAUUUACAAAGGCGUUCAAGCUCCCACAACCGCAUCAAGAGGUCGGUCUGUCAGGCAAGAGAAGCACUCUAGGAGGGAACGUUAAGACGGCCAAUGAGGAGCCUCCUAAUGUGAAGUUCUACUACCAUAAUGAGUAUGGUCGGAGUGCCCACUUCCCGGGAAUUGUUUUCUUCUUUUCUCAGAAGGUUCCUGAGCAGGGUGGACAGACGCCUCUUCUAUCGACGGUGGAGCUAUAUGAUAGACUUCGAGAGGAGGUUCCACAAUUUGUUGACACUCUGAUUGAAAAGGGAAUAAUCGGCCGGCAAUACUACCCAGCAAAAGAGGACCCCGAGUCGCUCACCAUCGGCUGGAACUGGCAAGACUCAUACGGAUUCACCAUAAAACAAGACGACUCUCUCGCAACAAAACGCCACAAAGUCGAACAAGUGCUCAAAACCCAUCUCCAGGCAGAAGCCGAAUGGCAGCCCAACGGCGCGCUGCAUGUCCUCCAGCGGCUUCCCGCUUUCAGGCAGAUUGCAUCGACCGGUCAGAUCGUACCGUUCAAUGGACUCGGUGGUGUCUAUGGACGGCAGCGAGAUAGAAAGGCUCUUGCGCCGCCAUGGAGGGGAAUUGACGGCGGGGUUCAUCUCCCGACUACGUAUGGCGAUGGGUCUGAGAUUCCGAAGGAGUAUUUGGAGAGAUUAUUGGAUAUUUCGGAUGAUAUUGGGUUUCUUGUUCCCUGGGAAGAGGGGGAUGUGGCAUUGGUAGAUAAUUAUACUGUUCAGCAUGCGAGGACGCCUUGGGUUGGGGAGCGGUCUUUGCUGGUUAGUCUGUGGGACGGACAUGAGAAGUUCAUUUCUGUUUGA